AUGUUUAACGGCCACUCGAUCCUGCGCGAGAGAACUCGGCGAUACAUCGACUACGGAAUUUUGGAUUUCGAAGUGCCAGCAGCCAAGUGUGGCAGCCGCCCGUUCGAAGAGUUCGCAGGCAUCGGACCCCUCCCGUCCGCCCCCGUCAACUUUGUCAGCCGCAUCGUUGGGGGACGAAACUCUGAGCCUGGAGGGCAGCCCUGGCAGGUCUCCCUAAAGCGUGGGUCGGCGCACUUCUGUGGAGGGACCAUUAUCGACACGAGAUGGGUGCUCACAGCGGCGCACUGCAUUCCUCCCAGGGACAGGAACUUCGAGAAGACGCUGAGCGUGGUGGUGGGUGAGUACGACAUGGAGACGAGCGACGACGAGGAGCAGACGCUGCGAGUCUCCCGAGUGAUCGUCCACCCAAAGUUCCGGCCGCUCAACCCGGUCAACAACGACGUGGCUCUGCUGGAGCUGACCAAGGACAUUGUGUACGGGGUGAUGGUGCAACCGGCGUGCCUCCCGUACCAGGACGAAGAGUUCCUCGCGGGCACGCUGUGCACCGUGAGCGGCUGGGGGAAGUUGCAAGAGGAGGGAGAGAUGCCCAGCAUACGGCAGGAAGUGUCGCUGCCCUUGCUCGACCCGGAGCUGUGUGCACGCGUGCUCGCAGCCAUGCACCUGCCCGCGAUGGACCGCACCAUGCUGUGCGCCGGCUUCCCCAACGGGGGCCGGGAUGCCUGUCAGGGGGACUCCGGGGGCCCCUUGGUGUGCCAGCGCCCGAGUGGCGCGUGGAGCCUGCAUGGCGUGGUCUCGUGGGGGGUCGGGUGCGCUCGGGGCUGGGCCGGGGGUGCGGGGGGUGCGGGGGGGGGCCCGGGCGGCCGUGACGCCACACGGCAGGGCACCCCGGGCAUCUUCGCUCGGGUCGCCAACUUCCUGCCAUGGAUCCAGCAGCACAUGGAUGGCGGUAGCAGAGGAAGAAGUAAUCUCGGGAACUGCAACGCGACCGGCGUGGUCCUGACGGGCGAGUCGGGAACCCUCGCCUACCCUGUCCCGGACAACACUACCUACCCUGACAACACGUUCUGCGUGUGGACGGUGCAGGUGCCGGCAGGCAAGUCGAUCGUGCUCACGUUCACGCGGUUUGACCUGGAGCCGCACGUCAGCUGCGAGCUCGACCACCUGGCCGUGUACACGGACAUCGACGUCUACUCGGGCCGCUUCUGUGGCACGUCGCUGCCAGUGCCCAUCGUGAUCCACUCCAACCAGACGACCCUCAAGUUCGUCUCGGACAAGAGCACGGGCGGGAGAGGCUUCGCUCUGCACUUCGCAGCCGUCGACCCGAGUUCCCUGCCGUUCUCCGGCUGCGGCAGCCUCGCCGUGCUGCGGCGCGAGGGGGAGCUGCAGUCCCUGAACUACCCCCGCGGCGGACGCCCGGGGGGGGUCACCUGCCGCUGGCUGCUCCACGCCCCUCGUGGGAAGCGCCUCCAGCUUCGCUUCACGGACUUUGAGCUGGGCUCGAGCCCGAACUGCACGUACGACUACGUCGCUGUCUACGGCGACGUGGAACGCACGCUUCAACUCGUGCCAGAUUGA